AUGACACUGCCAAAGGCUCUUCAACCAGAAGUGUAUGUUCCCGGUAAGACCACCCCAGAAGAGCGCGGAGCGCGGAGCCAUCGCGUAUAUAGGCAGGUUUGGGGUGCUAGGCUCUCUCAUGAGCCAACUGAGACUAAGGUCAUCGCUUCCAGUGGCGCUGUCAUUCGGGAGUUGAAUUGCUCAGGGCGCCGCGUGCUAAGAGAAGUCCCAAUCGUGCCACAGUGGGGAAUGCUGCAAUGCCCUUGUUUCCCUGAGGUCGCAUUUUUCCGUGCCUGGAAAGCUCCGAAAGAGACCGAUGUGGUCUACGCAUUUAUCCUGCUCAACAUUACCACGCAGUGGGUGAGUCAGGAUGAAGUGGUUGGCAGGAGUGAGCAUGUCCACGGUGAGGAGCUGCUCUUGACUCCCCAAAAAGCUCCAAAAGAACAGGCGACGGAAAACCAAUCGAUGGAACUCCCAGAGGAUACGAACAUUGGUUCUUGCAUUCGGCACUUGAUGCUCAUGUACGGACGAAGUGUCGUGGUGCUGGAUUGUCAAAGGACAGGCCUUCUCAAGUCCUUAGCAAUUCUUAAUAAACUCGACCCCAUCCGCAUCAAGAAUCGGAGCACGCGGCUCCGAGAUAGUGCCAAACUAAUGGCUUCAAUUUGCCGAAAACACCCCGACGAUGGACGUCCAGGAUAUAUCAGAGUUCAAGCUCAAGUUCGAAGGCAACAAGGGUUACCCUCAGUGGUUGAACGGCUGAGGGUUGGUGGAGAGCAAUUUCGCGUCGAACUUGGCCUUCCAAAAAGAGCAAAGCUCGCUAGUCCCAUUGGCAUCUUCUCACCAAAGCCAGAGCCAGUCUCAAAACAAGGACGCGCGAUUCAGACAGCUCAACCCUGGAAGCUCUCAAACAACAUUUACCCGACUGCCAAGCUACUCUAUGAUUUCAGGAUACUUAGUUAG